AUGCCAGGCAUCGUCUGGCUCUUCUACAGCGCGUCGGGCUUCUGGGGGUGGUUCGCAAGGCCAAGGCCCGAGGAGCCAAAAGACCUCAGCUUCAGACAACAGAUCCGAUUCUACCUCCUCCACCAGCGCUGCCUCCUGCACCUGGCUAUCCUAUGGGCAAGUUUGUUAACCAGUCUCCACAACAACGUCUGGCAUCUAUGCUACCGGCCUGGGUGGAUAAUCAACGCGCAUAUCGAGGCCUGGGUCAUUUCGGCUGCGGAAUUCUGGCUCGAGGUUUGGAUUUCGUGGGUGCUCCGCGACUAG